GUUCAUUCCUCAUUUUAUUUUUCUCGAUUUUGCAAAUUUAUUACUUACAAUAUGGCUUUGAUUUCUUCAAAAAUAAAAUUCAACUCAUCCGAGAAAGAGAUAAUUCGCGAAAAUGCGGUAUACGAUAAUCUAAAAAGAUUGUCUGAAGCAACGGGCUAUUCGAUAAGUCAACGUAACGGACAAAGGGUUUAUGGGCCACCACCGAACUGGGAGGGCGGUAAGCCUCAAAGGGGAUCCGAGAUUUUUGUAGGGAAAAUCCCUCGUGAUAUUUUCGAAGACGAGCUCGUUCCCCUUUUCGAACAGGUGGGUAAAAUUUAUGAACUGCGUCUAAUGAUGGACUUCAGCGGAUUCAACCGGGGCUUUUGCUUCGUGACCUAUUGCGACAUUAAAAGCGCCGACAAUGCCGUCAAACGAUUCGACGGGUACCUUUUAAGACCCCAAAGAAAACUUGGAGUCUACAAAUCUGUAGAUAAUUGUCGUCUCUUCAUUGGUGGUCUCCCAAGAGACAAGAAGAAGGAAGAAAUUACACAAGCAAUAAACGAACAAGUUGAAGGAAUAAUGGACGUAAUUUUAUAUCCUUCUCAAUACGAUAAUAACGAAAAUCGCGGUUUCGCCUUUGUAGAAUUCGAAAAUCAUCGUUAUGCAGCGAUGGCGAGACGUCAGUUAGCACCUGGUUCAUUCCAGUUGUGGGGGGCCGACAUUGUCGUUGAUUGGGCAGAUCCCCUCCCAACUCUGGACCCCUCCGUCAUGGCCCAGGUUACUAAUUUAUAUAUUCGCAACAUUUGUGUCUUUAUGGACACACAGACAUUUCUGAACGCAAUACUGGUCUACAUACCCGCGAUAAGAAUCCAUAAGAUUCACAAAGUCCUUGACUACGCGUUCGUACAUUUUAGAAGAAGGGCUGAUGCCGAAAUUGCGCUAAAUGCCCUCAAUGGGGUGUCAAUUGGUGGUCACAAAAUCGAGGUUACUUGGGCACGUCCAAAAAUAUACAGCAAAAAUUAUAGAAUGAACACACCACCAACAAACUUUUGCACGUAA